AUGGAUAUUUUUAAUCAACGAACAUCGUUUUGCUGUGGAGAGACUCGCAUUCUCGAAACGUUGAAGGCCCUCGAGAAUGACGAUUUUUACCUAACAAGACAUGGAAAAACAAUCACCUUUGAAGAAUUAUAUCAACUGGAUCGUGAUGAUGUUUUUGAAGUACAUUUUCGACUUUUUGGUGGAAAAGGCGGUUUUGGUUCAUUGCUUCGCUCGUUUCGUGUCAAUAAAUCGACAAAUAAGGAUAUGAUGAGAAAUUUGGAUGGACGAAGAUUGGGAGCAGUUGAGAAAGAAAAGAAGAUUCGAAAGUGGCUUGAGAAACAACAAGAACGAGAGAAAAUCACAAAGGAAAAAGAGAAGAAUCGUCUGCAAAAGCUCAAAUCAAAGCCUACGCACAACUUUGAGGAUUCAGAAAAGUUUGAAGAACAAAGAAAAGAGCUUGAGGAGAAAACGGAGGUUGCUUUUGAAGAUGGAUUUAAACAAUUCCUACAAGCUAAAGAAAAGAAGCCUACGACUCAACUCGAAGAAUCUUCAAGUGAUUCUGAAUCUGAUCCCGAUCUUCCUGGAACAAGCGGCUUUAACUUCCACAAACUCGGAAGCAAGCGAAAACAAACGUUGAAUGGGAAACAUCAGAACGGAGUUCCGGAAAAGAAAGAAAAGCUUAUUGAAUCUCAUCAAGAAGAAAACGUAAAAGACAAUGGAAAUUUGGAAGAUUUAGCACCAAAGGAAAAGUCGGCACCCGAGAAAGUAGAUGUUAAAACUGAUGAUAAACCAACGAUUCCCGUUAUCAAGCAAGAAGAAACAAGGAAAGAGCAACCUGUAAAAUCUCCCAAAGAUAAAGCCAAGCCCAAGCCAGCUGUGGAAGAAACACCAAAAGAGUUUCCAGCCGUUGAUUUGAAAAACUAUGAAAAUGCUCAGCUGCUCGAGGAUUUGGGAUUAAAUCAUUUGAAACACGCUUUGGAAACUCGAGGUCUGAAAUGUGGCGGAAAUCUUCACGAAAGAGCAACUCGUCUUUUCUCUAUUAAAGGACUCAAGCCUGAACAAUAUCCUAAGACGAUCAUCGCAACUCAGCAAAAGAAAACCAAAAAG